AAAUCGUGUUUUUAGCUUGUAUCUUGUUUCGCAUUUAAAUUCUAUGACAGCUGCCUAUUGGCCUGUGUGCUUCGUUUGUGUCUGUUCGUGCGCGAAUCUCUGCGCGUCUGUGUAUGUGUGUGCAGUCUAGAUUUUAACCGUUACUCUGAAGAUGCAAAACGUAUAAAAUAAAACAACGCCAAAGUAAAGACAAGCAACAACAACAACUAAAAGUUCAAAGUAAACUGCAAAGAGAGAAGUGAGCAAGAGCGAGAAAGGGCCGACGGCUUUUUCUUUUGCGUCUUAUCAGCAAACAGCAGCAACAAUAAUAAGAAGAAGACGACGACAAAACAGAAAAUACAAUAGAUAAACGGCAAUUAUGGCAAAGGAUCCAGCAACAACGCGCAUACCACGUCUGGACGGCAUGAGCUCCCGCUUGCCAGCGCCCGGCAGCUUCGGCGGCACUAUGACCACCAGCCACAUACGCCCACCCGCAGUGUCGGCAGCUGGGAAUCUGAAAACCAAUACACAAAUAUUUCGUGCGCCCACUGUGAGCAAACAGCGCGCACGUCCUUUGAGCGCGUAUCAGCCCAAGACGACGCCGCUGACCGAGCUGGGCGAAAGCUUAAAGAAGAGCGCCUCGGGCGAGCGUUUGAACAAUGCAGUCAAUAUGCUAAGCAAACGCACUACAACAGUGUUGAAGAAAUAUUUGGGUCAAAGCAAACUGAUGUCGGCCAGUGCUGAGGCCAGCUGCUUGCCACAUACUCCAACAAUGUUGCAUAGAAAGCCAGAGCAGCCAAGUCAAAUGAGCAGCAGCACGCCCAUGAUGCCGCCGCUAAUGCGUUCCGAGACUUUUGUGUGCGAGGAGGAGGAGCAGCAUGAAGAGCAGCAGCCUGCAGAGAAUUUGAGCAAUACGCGUUUGUCCAACAUAGGAUUUGGACGCACGCAGGAUAUAGACAGCAGUAGCAUGACGGAUGUUACACCCAAGACACAAAAUAGCACGCGGAAUAUUGUGGGCAAUGCAACUCAAAAUAUUGAGUGCACACCAAAUCGCACGCGUCCGAUUGUUACCGAACAAAUGGAUUUAACCAAGAGCAUGGAUCAGCUGCCGCUGCUGGAACACAUGUCUAUACCCUCAGGCUUGGAUUUGCUGAGCGCCAAGCCGGAUGUGGAUGCAGACGUUGAUUUUGAUGCAACUUUGAUAGCGCUGGCGCCGGAUAAAACGCACAUGAAGUUGCCACUGAAUUCGACACUAAAUACAGAAAGAUUGCUGGACAUAACCGAACUGCAAUCGCCUGCUAGGCAUAUGCAGCUAAUGAAUUUAACGCGUGAGUUUCUGGAGCAGACGCCCUCACCUCGAUUCACAGCCUUGGCGCGUCGCUCAGCUGCGCAGCAUUCGCUGGUGUGUCUAACGCCCUUGACAGCAGCGCCUGGCACGCGCUUUCAGCAAACUCCAGUGCCAGUGCAUUUGCUCUCGCCGCUGCUUAAAGCUGCACGCAGCGAUUUGGUGCUGCCCACACGCACGCCGGAUGCAGAGCAACUGCCGCAGCUAAUGGACAGCACUUUGAUUGCGCCUUGCUCGCGACGCAGCUUUGGUCUGGAGCUCAACGAGUGCACGCUGGAUGCUUCAAUUGAUUUGGUGGACAGCUCGCUGUCUGCAUCGCAGCAGCAGCUGCAAGCGUUGCAGCAACAGCUGCUGAAAAAGCAGCACAGCUUUGAUUUGGACGAAAGUUUGGGCAUACUUACACCCGAUCAAAUGAAGGAGUUUCUAGAUUCGUCCUCACAGCUGCUGAACCACAAUAAUCAGCAGCUGCGUCAGUUGCAAGUGCAGCAGCAGCAACAGUUGCAGCUGCAGCAGCAACAGCUGCGCAUGGAGCAAACGCCUUCACCCGAGGAGUUGCCGCUGGAUCCCAUAGAGCCGCAGCUAAGCGCAGCGUUAACAAUGCCCGCAGCUCAAACCGCUGUAGCUACAACUGCUGGCAAUAGUUUCAUCACUAGCGUUACAAGCGUCACCAGCUUGGAUACAGGCUAUCAGGGCGACGGUGAAAUGUCACGUCCCGCUUCUCGUGGCGCUUGCGAUCAUUCGCCCAGCAAUGGACCACAGCUUGGACGCGUAAGUCGUCAGCCCAGUUUUCCACCAUUGCCAGCGGCGGCGCCCAUGCGACGUCAAGAUCCCAUGACAGAUUCGGAUUUCUUUACCGAAAGCGAUGCGGAUGAUGUGCUGCAGCGUGGCGAUCGACGCGCGCAGGUCAUCGAUGGGCAGCUGUAUGGACCAGCAAUGCAGGCAAGCGCUUCAGUGCCGCAGCUUGAAGAUUCUUGCAUGGAGUCCUCAGGCAUAUUUACGGAUGUUGAAAAUCGCUGCGAUGAGGAAAUGCGUUUGCCAGAACUCGACAUAGAUAUGGAGGAUAUGUCGCCAGAUGAUGCAACCACCACAAUGCGCAAAGCGCAGCAGCAAACGCAGCAGCAGCAGCAGCCACGACCGCUGUCUUCAUCUUCGGCUACGCUGACGACGCUUUCGAAUCGCACUUCGUACUGCAGCGUUGACGGCGGCAGCGCCAAAAGCUUUUGCGACGAAGCUUUCAACGCUAGCAGCAGCAGCAGCGAUCAGCAGCAGCAGCAACGAUCGUCGCUGCUUUCAGUACAACGUGUUAGCUCGCCGCGUACACACGCAUCGUUAACUUCGCUUUGUACUGUGGAAAAUUUGUGCACCAGCAGCAGUGCUAGCAAUUCACCCAAGUCUGCUAAAGCAACAACAACUAAAUCAGCCACAGCUAUAACAACAACAAAUCCCAAACCAUUGCGCAGUGUUAAAACGCCCAAUAAAUGGGAUGCGGUCAUGAAUAAAAUCGCCGUUAAUAAAACUAUAAUCAAAACCAACUAUAAUGAUGUAAAAUCCAAAGUGUCCAGCACGCGCCUUAUGACGGGCAGCGGCUCCUCCCCAACUGCUGCAUGCAGCGCUCAAGUUAGUCCGCGCAUUAGUCCGCGUCUUAGUCCCACUGUGCGUCGCUCGCCGCUCACUGCCACGCCUCACAAGCCGCGCAGCAGCAGCUCGUCAACAGCUUCGACUACAUCCGCAUCGCCUGCGCCAGCGUCAGCGUCAGCGCCAAUGCGGCAGCCACAGGAUAAAGGCUCAGUUGGCGCUGGCGCCAGCGUCUUUGCGCGUCUAACUAAAACAACAACAGCAACCACAACAGCAACAGCAUCUGCUAAGCGUUUGCCAGCAGCACAAAAUUUACGUGGUCGCUCUUACAGCAAGGACAGCCAAAAGAGCUCGCAUAGCGAUUUGAGUUCCUUGUGCAAUGGCAGCGGUUCGCCCAAGCUUUUGGCUAAAACUCCACUGCGAGCUGCCAAAAAGCGUGAUGUGCGUAAUUUGAGCAUAUCACCCACAGAUCUGGGACCGCCACCAAAGACACAACAAACCGCCAAGGGACAAUCCACACGCAACAAAUCCUUGACGCCAACGCCCACGGCAAUACAAAAACGCAUAAGUGUUAACCCAGCAACUACAGUAAACACUGCCAGCGGCAAUAACAACAAAAGCUCACCGAAGCUAGCGCAACGCAAGCAACAACAGCAACAACAAAUUGCUAAAAAUAAUAAUACAACAAUUAAAAAUGCUGCUCUACUUUUGGCUGUUGGCAUUGCUGAAGAAUCAUUGCGCUCGGGCGUGGAUGCCACAGAGCUGCAGGAGCUCAACAGCUUGGGCCAAUGCGAGGCGAAGCGUCGCAGCACAGAGCAGCAGCAGCCAAACGAAGCUGCCACAAAUAAUUCCAUUCAAGCCACAGAGCAAGCGGAGAGUGUAAGCCAAGAGGCUAAACUGGCAACAACUUUAAGCCCCGCGGACUUUGAGGCUUUGAAUGCGCGUCUUAGUUUGAGCCAAGCUCAGCUGGAGCUGCAGCAGCGUCAGGCUUUGGGUCUCGCCAUUGUGGUGCAGCAGCUAACCAAGCAGAUGGACACAUUGGCCUGUGAGGAGAACAAGGCGCAGCGCAGUCUGGAGGAGACCAUAGCAAUGUUGAAGCAAACACAGCAGAGCUGCGAAAAGUUGCGCCAGGAGCUGGACGAACAGAAUGCCGAAUGGCAGCAGCGACAGCUGGAGCAGCAGCAUCAGCAGCGCAGCGAACUGCAGCAAGCACAAGACAAAGUGCAGGAGGUGCAAAUGCUGGCCAAGGAGCGGCUGCGUGAGCUGGAGCUGCAGCUGCUGGCCAAGGAUGAGGAGAAGAAACAAGCGCUGCAGUCGUAUCAUCAGGAAAUGUCGCUCAAGCUCACAAACAAGCAGCAGCAGCUGGACGAAGCGCAGCAGCAACUGCAGCAGCUAAAGCAGCGACUACAGCAGCAGGAGCAGCAAGAGCAGCAGCUGCAUGAGAAGCUCAUGCGCAAGGAGAACAGCCACGUGCUGCGCAUUACCGCAGCCAAUCAGCGCGAGCAGGAGCUGCAGGAUAAUAUGAAAUCGCUGACCAAAGAGCUGCAGCAGCUGCGCGCUAGCGCCGACUGCAAGGAGCGCGAUCUGCGCGAUCGCCUAACGCUAACACAGGAUGAGAUAAGCGUGCUGCGCAGCAGCAACAGCCAAACAACAACAACAACACAGCAGCAAUCAGCGCAGCAGCAGCAGCGCAGUCCCAAUCACAGCUUAAGCGACAGCAGCGCUGAACUUUGUCGCCUGACAAGCGAAGCCGACAGUCUGCGCUGUGUGCUGGAGCUAAAGCAGGCAGAGAUUUCCACGCUGUCCAAGCAGAAUGCGGAGCUAACACGCGAGGCGGAGGAGCAGCGCAAUCUAAGCAGCCGCUUGAUGCUGCUGGAGGCGCAAAACGAAUUAAUGCGCACCGAACUGGAGUCCAAGUCGGAAAGAGAAAAGGAUACACAACGUCAAAUGGAGGAAAUGCAAAAGGCCUUCAACCACGAGAGCAUCAAGCGCAAGCGUCUCACCUGCGACAAGGAGGAGCUGCAGUAUCAUCUCAAGCAGCGCUCCGAGCAGCUGCAGCUGGUGCAGGCGCAGCUGCAUGAGCUCAGCAACAACAGCAGCAGCAGCGGCAACUGCACGCACGACAGUUCGCUCAAUCAGACACUCUACAGUCGCAGCAGCUCGGUGCGCUCCUCGUCCCAGCUGGAGCACAGCUCGCCGCCCGCCUCGCCCGUCAUCAAGGGCGUCAUUGAGCGCAACGACUCGGUCAGCUGGGUGCUGGACAUGGACGAUGAGACGCCACAAGUGGCCGCCUCCAAGCUGGUGCGUCGCGCCGGCUCGCUGCGCAGCAACAGCGAACGCAGCCCCACGCAGCGGCGUCAGCUCACGCUCAGCGCCAGCAAUGCGCAUGCCACACGCGGACCCAAUCCGCUGGCCCAAAGCAUGUCCGCCACAGCGCUGUUGCGCAGCCAGCAGCCCGAUGAGCAGCCACGCCCACUGGGACGCGCGCGUUCACUAUCCGUUUGCCACAAGGCGGCUGCCGAGUCCGCCAAGCGUCAGAGCUGCCCAGCAGCGGAACUAGCGCUGCCCGAAUGGCAUGUGAGCGAGCUUAGCGCCAGCUCACCCAAUCGCAGCGCACCAGCCUAUCCCAAGCCCAAAAAGUUUCAGGAAAUCCAAGAGUCCGCUGGCGAGGCGAUGGUCUCGGGCGCCAACUCGGAGGAUGAAAGCUGCUCCGCUUCGUCGGAGGAUAUGCGCAGCUCGAGCGCCUCCAGCACUGCCUCGGCGGCAGGCUGCACGCUGUCCAAGCUCAAGAAGCAGCCGUCGCGCAUGUCCAUUGAGGAGGCGCUGCUGCUGGAGCAGGCCAACAGCUUGAAUGGCACGCCCAUGGAGGUUAGCUGGUCGGAGGAUGCAGCCGAUGCGGACGCCGUCGAGCUGCAUAACUUUGCAUGACAGGAUGUGGCGGGCGCAGUGGGCGUGGCUGUGGGCGUGGGCAUUGAGGAACGCGCCGUCAUCGAGCAAAUUGCCGAGGCAGCCGAAGAGGCUUAUGAAAUGGACGCUGAUGCGCAGCAGGAGGAGCUCAUUGUGGGCGAAGAAGAAGAGGAGGAGGAGCAAUUUGAUGAUGAAGCCGAUUAUGAGGAGGAUGAUGAUAGCUUUUAAAGCAGCCAGGACAAGUCGAGUCGAGUCAGUCAGUCAGCCAGGCCAGGCGCAUGCGCAUUGAUUGUAGAACAAUUUACAUGGGCAAACAUUAACUUUAAAUUUGAAAACUAAAGCAUAGCUUGGCGCAAAUAGGUCUAUAUACGAUACACACACACACACACACACAUACAAAAAAGUCAAAAGCCAGUACUAUUUAUGUUAAUUGUUUAUGUAAAUAAUUGCAUUUAGCAUUCAUUUUGUAGAUCUUCAAGGCAUACAACAGCACACACACAAACAAAAUGUUCGUUUCUCUUUGUGUUUCUAUAUUCCAAAUGCUAUCAUAAUAAAUAUUUUAUUGUAAACAAACAAACAACAACAACAAAAGCAAGCGAAGCCGUCACAGUCUUAAGUGCAGAUACUUUGGGUUUUGGAUAAGCAUAAGCGUUCGACUCGCUCA